AUGGCUAUGGUAGCGAAACAAGGAUGGAGCAUUUUGUCGGAACCAAAUUCUCUUGUUUCUAGAAUUUUCAAAGCAAGGUACUUUCCUCGCUCUUCCUAUCUUGAUUCUCUUAUUGGUAAUAACCCAAGUUUUGUUUGGCGAAGUUUGUGGAAGACGAGGGCUGUUAUUAAGCAAGGCAGUAGGUGGUCUAUUGGUGAUGGUAGUAACAUUAAGGUUAUGUAUGAGUCGUGGCUCCGAGAAAGAGGAAGAUGUUAUCUUAGUGGCCCACAAUUGCAAAGUACUAGUGAACUCUCAGUUAAAGAUCUCUUGUUACCCAAUACAAAGAAAUGGAAUGUGGGUUUGAUUAACCAAAUUUUCGAUUCAGAAUGA